AUGGAAACGCCGAUGAGAUUCUGCCUCCCAGAUGAUGACUUUGGCAACAAGAUGCGUGAUCUGUUCUCAUGGUAUGGUAUCCCUGUCAAACAGGUUUGCAUGCCCGAGGGAGACCAAAGAUCGACGGGCUUGAAGAAAACCACGCGGAUGAUCACGGAGAUUUUUGAAGAACCGCCUGCGGCUACAGGACCUGUUCUGUUCUCAAAGAUGCGACAUUUCAUGGACGCUCAGACACUGGACAUCAACGAGGGGCCUAAGCAUGGAAACCUUAUGGAGCGCUACUUUUACCCAACAUGGGCGGCCAAAUACUGGCUGAACCACUAUCUGCGACUCACAAAACAGCGUCACAAGCUGCCUGGAAUGGAACAAAAUGACAGUGUGGACAAACUACCCAAAGUGAGAGAUGUUGAAAGAAUGGCCAUAAUCCAUGUUCGUCUCGAUGCGAAAUCGGGAGUCGGGAGGGUAAUGGAUGAGACAACCUUGAAGCACGUUGGUUCAUCAAUUGCCAAGGCAAACAAGCGUGUUUCCGAGUGGAACAACUUGAGCUCAUCUUCGAAGGGAAAAUAUUUCAUACCCGCUGAAAGAUUCUCACAUAUUAUUCUGUAUGGGGACUUUGACUACUUUGGAGGGCUUAAACGCAAGGCCUGGGUUGAAAAAGAGUUGAAUGAUCCCAAUGUUGCAGUGUUGUUCAUAUCUCGACCAUGGGAGGGCAAGGAUAGAACAGCAGAAUCACCGCCAGUGAGAAGUGUCGGGGCAGAGGACCGAGAAAGGAUCAACAACGAGGUCGAAGAACUGUGGUCAAAAUUUCGCAGUAUAGGCUUUGAUUAUGUACCCGCUCAGGUCAAGAUCCUUAGUAUUUGGACGGCGCUCUGCAAAAGAUACAACCCUAGAGCAUGUGUUAUUGGCCACCGUUCGGGUUUCAUUGAGGCAGCCGGUCUUAUAGGCCUUCCGACACUCUAUCUCAACGACGAAAGAGAAAAGGUGGACCGGGAAGGGAACAAGAAACCUGGAGAACUUCUCUGGGCACCAUUCCAGAGUACCAGUCGCUUGCGCAUGCUGUCUGAUGUGAUGAAUACCAUUAUACCCGUGGAAGCAUUACAAAAGCAGUCGAAAACAAGAGGAAGCACUACUGGUGAGGUCAAAACCCUUAAGAUAGCACCUGGAUAUGAAGACGAACUCACGGCUGCCCUCUUCAUGUUCAUGUGCUGCAACAUCGAUACAUCGUCUGGUCGACGCUACAAAGGCUACCCCGCAUGGACUGCACGAGUUGCCAUGAGAAAGUCCGUAAGCGGCCGUGCUUGGCUCUGUGAGAGGUAUCGUUUCGCCACAGGAACAUCCAAGGAUUGCGGAAGAAAGGCAUGGGACGAGAAAGAUUUCGAUCCGUGGCUGAGAGAUAUUGGUGAGGUCUGGGAUUAUGAGUGGAAAUUGCGACGUUUGGGCGUACUUCCCUAUAAUUUGGGAGACGACACUCAUUACUAA